AUGCCACCAGAGCAUGUCCGAAAAAUUAUUCGUGAUCAUGGAGAUAUGACAUCACGAAAAUUCCGACAUGACAAGAGAGUUUAUCUCGGGGCUUUGAAAUAUAUGCCUCAUGCUGUACUAAAGCUGCUAGAGAAUAUGCCUAUGCCUUGGGAGCAAAUCAGAGAUGUUAAGGUCCUGUACCACAUUACUGGAGCAAUCACCUUUGUGAAUGAAACUCCCAGAGUCAUUGAACCGGUAUACCUGGCCCAAUGGGGCACAAUGUGGAUCAUGAUGAGGCGAGAGAAGCGAGAUCGUCGUCAUUUCAAGGUAAAAACCAGGUUUUUGUCGAGGUAUAAGUAUAAUCACUGCUAAUG